AUGGAGCUGUACCUCAGCGCCUGCUCCAAGGCUGCCAGCGUCGCCGCCACCAAGACGGCCACCAGCAGCCUGGAAGCAGACAGCCAGGAGUGCGGAGAUGGUGCUCACAAAACCCACUUUCCCGGGGUCGGAGCGGCUCAGCUACUGGAUCUGCCUCUUGGGGUCAAGCUGCCUAUGAUCCCAGGAAGCAAUACUUUAUACUAUACUACGAAGUUAAGUGAAAAGCUUUUUCGACCUUCUUAUGGUUUUAACCUGACUGAUCCUUAUUGUCGACUUAUGGAAAAUCAAUAUAAAAGUCUCCAUGAUCCACAUUUAAGAGAAUACUAUAAGCGCAAAGAUAUCCUGAGGAGAUUAAAGAAAGGUGGCUACAUCACCAGCAAUAAUAAAAUUGUUUGUAACUUGCGGGAAUUGAAUAUGUACAGACAAUAUCUUACGAGUUUAAAAUUAGACUUUGAAAGAAACUAUAUAAAAGAACAAAAAAUGCUUGCAAAACAAGUAAAUAAACUACAAGAAAACAAUCAAAUACCUGGACAUUCUGAUGUCACACAGUUCCAAAACUGGCUGUUACAUGAGGACGUUCAAUCUGUUAAGGACCCGGAACGAUUAAUAAGGCACAGAUAUUUGGAUAUGAUAAGUAGGGAAUUAGAACAACGUGAGCACACAGCCGAGGAGCAGCGCCUACUGCAGAUGGAUAAAGAAGAACGACGACAGCGGGAAGAAACAAGAAGAAAACUUUGUCUUCGUAGAAAAAUUGAAGAGGAAUGGAAGACAAAAGAAAUGUUACUUCUGACAAAGAUUGGAGAAGACAUUAAAAGAGAAGCUAGGAUAGAGGAACAACGGCGUAGAAGCAGAGAAGAAAGUGACAGGAAAAAACAAGCCCUUCUAGAGAAAAAAAUGGCUUAUCAUUUACAAAAAAUGCAAGAAAAUGGCUUUAAAAGAGAAGAGAUGGGAAAAAAUACAUUUGAGUAUAAAGGACAAGAUGGAACACAUUAUGAAUUAAUGUGUCACGUUGCACAAAGUAGACAGCUGCCCGGGGAACACCGAGAGAAUGAGAGGAAAGCCCGAUCAAGUGAAUCUGCUCCAGUGGGAAGACAGGUCACGCUCACAUUUCACAUCUCUACUGGAAAACCACUGAGCACGCAUGCUAAAGAUGGAGCAACAAAUAAAAAAUCAAGUACUGGCAAUGAGAGAGGAGUUCAAGAUUUAAUGAUUUCAGCUCAAACUUCACCCACAAGAAAUUUUCCCAGAUCUUCACAGUCUCAUUUGGGUCCUACAAAGCAUGAGAAGGACAAUAAUGCUGUUUGGAGUGAAAAACGUAACAAAAGAUCAAGCUACGUCUGUGAAUCAGGACUUCAGGCUCCUGCCACAGCCCAGGGUAUUUUCCCAUCUCAUGUUUUCUCAAAUAAGAAACAGAAUCUCCUCCAUAACUGCUUGCAAGAAAAAGUAACUUCUGAAGAACUGAAUAAUAUAAUUCAGAAUAUAAUGACCUGGGUUGUGGCUACCGUGACCAGUAUAUUAUAUCCAGCCAUCACAAAGUAUGAAGAAAGGUUGCACAGUAAUAGAUACCCAGUGUCUGAUGGCUCUGUCCUCUCUUCAGAUAGUUCAAGUUUCUGUAGCACAUGCAGUGAAGAGUUUACAUAUGGAACUUACACAUCUGCAACAACUGAAAGCUGUCAGAGAGAGCCCUGUGCAUUUGCAGUUGACAUAUCAGUGAGUCAACCAACCUCACCUUUAAAACCACCUUCUGCAAAUGUGAAAAGAACAGUUGGAAAAACGUCUCACAUGAAUGAACAAUCUAUAACAUCUGCACUCAAAAAUAAUAAAACCAGCAUGGUUUAUGUAUAUCCUAAACUUAGAAGUUGUAAAUCUGAUAGUCACCUUUUAGUACCACUUGAAACAGGCAUAAAAAUAUCUAACGAUGCUACCACUGAAACAGAUGGUUUACAAAGUGGAGAAUUUUCUGAUCAAAAAGCAAAAGCCAUGAGUGAAAUAAAUAAUUUAAAGAAUAUUUUUGUUAAUUUUAAAUGUCACUUGAAAUGGGAAACUGAAUUAAUUUUAGAAAGAAUUUUUGAAGAAAUAAUGUCUGACUUAACACAGGCCAUUCCAUCUAUCUCUUCUGUUACUGCUGAAGUGUUUGUUGAUCAAAGCGAGCCUGAUAAAACAGGUUUGCUCUCCAAUGCUGAUAUCUCCUCAGUAGCUACAGAGAUUGUGGAAAAUAUGCUUGAGAAGCUACAGUCUGCAGUUGAGAAAAAAUGUGUUGAGAUGUUUUCACAAGAAGAUUUGUCAGUCAACAUAAAACCAUGCUUAACACCCAGUGGAGAAUAUCUCACUCCAUCAAAUGGAAAACCUUUAGAAGCUUCACUGGCUUAUCCUAUGGAACCUAUGUGUGAUAUUGCAGAGGAUAUGGUGCAUGCCAUUUUACAAAAGCUGAUGACUCUUGCAUCUUGUAAGCAAGAUGGACUUCCUCAUCUCGAAGAUGCAACUAAACGUUCCUAUCAGCAACAUAUGACAAACCAAACAUUUCCAUACCUUAAAAAACCUGACAAAAAGAAAUGUAGUCCUGAAUCUGAUGCAGCCAAUUUAACUAUUAAAGAAGAAAUACAAAAUUUAAUAUCAAAUAUCUGUUCACAGUCCUCUUUGGUUGGCUAUAUAGAGGAAGUAAUCAGCGCUAUACUAGGAUAUAUACAAACUGAACUUAAUAAUGAGAGGCUUAUUGCCUCUGAAGAAACAGUAGUAGUCCUUCAGCUACUCGAUGAUAUCUUCACUCAGCUGCAUCAAGAGCCAGUGAUGAAAGCAGAUGGCAAAAAAUGUAGACGCUCUAGACUGAGCAAUCUUCCUGACCCUGAAGAAAAGUACAGACUCACUGGCACUAGGUUAUCCAGUGGUCCUAGGUCUAGAAAACCAUUUCCACCUAUUAAUGUUCCUGGCAUGGUCCUUUAUCCUGAAGAUGAUAAUGAAGAAAUAGACAAAAUUGUGGAAAAUGUGCUUGAUUCAUCUUUUAAAGAAGAAAAAGCAAAAUCACAAAAACAGAAUCCUGAAGAUUGGUUUACAAAAGGAAAGACUUGUUUCGAAUACAAAGGAAAUCGCAAACCACCCACAAACCCUGCCUCUCCAAGAAGCAAAACUGCAUUUUAUGAUGAGGGAUUAAAGACUGAGUUACCAUGUUUUAACCAUCAAGAAAUGUUAAAGAAAAGACCAUGUCUGAAUAAAGACAUUUUGAUUUUCAGCCAAGAUCAAAAGCAUAAAAUACAAAAGGCUUCACAAAACAUAGUUAGACGUAUUUUAACAGAAAUGCUUAAGGACAUAUCUUCCGUUCCUCCUGGUCACUUAGGCAGUAAAACUGGUAAAGAAGCUUCAGUUCUUGUUUCAGAAAAACCUCAAGGACUGUCACACCAAGAAUGGAUGGAACAGAUGUUCUCUGUGUCAGAAAUUCACACAGUGGCCCUGGAAAUAACAGAUGCUGUGCUAAAUAUACUUCAUAACGCUUCGAGCUGCAUUCCCAAUAUCACCAAAAGCCCCGGUUCUUCAUCAGCUCAUCAAACUUCUCUAGAUAGUUCUGAUACCCCCCACAUUGCCAAGGAAGCACCAAAUAAAAAGUCAUUAAAAUUAUGGUUUGACAGUAAAAAGAAAAUGAAAUAUUUAUCUUCACUCGACUUACCUCCUAUAAAACCUUUCCUGUUAAAAUCUGAAGAAAGUGAACUUAAACCUGUAGAUGACCUCACUGAUCAGAUCAUUAACACAGUUUUCAAAAGGCUGAAGUUACUCAUUUAUCCAAAAUUGCAGAUAGGCUCCAAAUCUUCACUUGCAGAGCAAUCUUUCCUACAAUCUCAACUUGGCACAUACACAACUAAAGUGGUGAACAUUGUUUUGCAUGCUAUCCAGAAUGAAUUAGAACCUGGUAAGAGAAACCUAAACUUUCCGGAGACAGACCGUGCCAAAUCCCUUGAAGGGUCUUUAGCUGACACAGAUAAAUUAGAAUCUCUGGUCUCAAGCCUUAAUGAUGACAUUAUGGCAUCUCCAUUAUUAACCUGUAUUUGUGAAAUGUUAUUAAGUGGACAUUCGGAUCAAAGCAGUAGUUCACUCCCUUCAGAUAAGUCAAGGCGUUCAGCUUCCUAUGGCUCUGACAAUGUUGAAAAACAAAACGCUUUGCCAAGUAGCCAGGAUAAAAAAUAUUUUCGUCAAUAUUUGGCUACUCCAUGUGCUCUCCAUAGUGUCUUUAAUGGAAACGAUCUCAAAGAGAAUAUGAGAUUGCAAGUGUUAGACAGAAUUGGGGAAACACUGUAUGAAAUGUCACAUAAGCUCAUAAGAGUCCAUCCUGACUGCCAGCCACCUUGCAGGGGGCUAAACAGAAAGACAAAAAAUGAGACUCAGAAAAGCACUACUGAACUGUGGUCUAAUAUUCAGCUCGUUUCCAAAACCAUUUUGGAAUAUAUCCUUGCAAAAUUAUGUAAUAUUGACAUGGAUACCACUUUUGCAAGUUCUGGAAUUAAAGCUGUAUCAGACGCUCUUGAUAUUAACAGCCUAUCAUUUGCUUCAAUUAUUGAGGAAAUUACCAAAUGUACUCACAUGAUCUCCAGCAUAGUUUCCAGGCUGAUGGUUCAGACAGGUGAUGAAAAGGCGAGUAAACAUGAGGCAAAAACUAUUGCUCCUGCAUCUUCCAAAAUAGGGAGGACAAAAGAAAUAGAGCCAAAUAAAUUGAAAUCUGUGGCUUCAGAUAUUCUUACUAUGGUUUUUGCUAAACUGGAAGGAUUUGCCAAUGGAAAUUUGGAAACUUUGGAUUCUAAUAGUGAUGGAAAUAAAAAAAGUGGUAGGUUGGACUUAAAAUGUGAAAGUACCAGCGUUUUCACAGACCCACGUGAAGAGCUAUUGCAGUCUACUUUAUACAAGCAUGCAAAGAAGGUAUCAAGUGCUAUUUUGAAAGCCAUUCAGACAGAAUUAAAUAUGAACUCAGAUUUGAGGACAAGUAUAAAAACCCCACCAUCUGAGAAUCAAAUGCUUAAGAAUAUAGUCAAUUUAAUUUUAGAAGCAGCAUCACCAGGUAUGUUUAAUGAAACUGAAUAUGAAAAGAGGGGCAUUGAAACUUAUCGAUACAGGCCAACCUAUGGAAAUCGCCUCCCGGGAGGAGCCGAAUCAGAUUCAUUUUUAGAAGAUGCUGAACAUACAGAGAAAGAGCCCACUGGAGAGAGAACAUCAUCAAGAGAAGAAACUAAAUCAGAUGCUCUUCAACAAUGGGUGCUAGAAAGAACCUUAAACAAAAUUGAAGUGAAACUCAAAGAACCACAGAAGUCUCCGAUCAUUCCCAUCAUAAGAAAUAUUUUGAAUGAAAUAUUUCAAGAAACUUUGGUCAAUCAAUUAAAUGUGCUUUCUCUCUCCCAUUCUCCUUUAAGGAACAUUCCUCACAAUGUUGAUGAGCCAGUCGCUCAAACAUCUGUUCAAUGUAUAGAUAAAAUGACAGGCCCUUUAGUGUCUGAAGCAGAUGUAACCAUAGUGUCAGAUGACGUUGUUAGAAUUGUAUUUCAUAAACUUUAUUCAGCUGCCAUGACAGAGAGAAAUGCAAGUAAAAACAGGUAUAAAACCAUCACCUUUUCAGCCAAUGUUUCUUUUCAUGAACACACCUAUGAAGAGGAGUCCUCUGUGCUGGACAAGAACCCAUGUACUGUUCAGUCCAGAUUCAAUAUUGACAAACAGGCCAGAGUAAAUGUAGUUAAAGAUAUUGUACAGGCAAUAUUAACAAAUCUAGAAACUUUUGCUACUCUCAAAGUAAAAUCCCUUUUUUGUCCCCAAAUCAACUUCACAGUCCCAAUGGCUUUACCUGUUCAGCAGGAUAAAAAUACAUUAAGCAAAACAUUAUCAGCUGACAAUUCAUAUUCUGAUGAACAAUUUCCUUGCUGCCCGGUGGAUCACAUUACAUCAGAAAAGACCAACUCGUGUCAACUCUCUGUAAAUAAGUUAAAUACGUAUGCAACAGAAGUGGCCAGAAAAAUGUUACAAACAAUCAAACAUGAGUUAGAUAAAGGAAGGGAAAGUCCUUUCCUAACUCAUAACAUUGUGGUUUCUGAAUGUAUUGCAAGUCAAAUUGUUAACACAGUGUUAGAUAUUGUAUCGUCUAAAGGCAAAUGUGACAAAAACAAUUCUGACACAGAGAUUAAUUCAGAUCAGCAAGAAGGUAUUAUUGAAAAGAUGUUUAAUAAGACUGAAUAUCGAAAAGCACUUCAGUUUCAAAUACAAGAUAGCAUUGAAGGUAUCUUAUGUGAUAUUUAUGAAAAAACACUGUAUCAAAAUAAUCUCUCACUUGCCACACCCACUCUGAAAUGCAACAUAGCUGAGGAGCAGUCUGGAACAAAUUCUGAAAAGUACACUGAAGGUGCAAAUAAGAUUAUUCCAAAACUUUCAAUUCCUAAGUCAGAUGUCAUUUUGAUAUCCAAUGAUGUCGUGGACAUUAUUCUUCAUAAUCUCAGUUCUGCUGUCGUGCUUGGCAUAAAUGCAGAGGACCCUACGUGUGCAAGAUUUCCCCUGACCUUUUGUGAUAUGUUUCCACAAGCAGAGUGUCAACGGCUGCCUUUUAUGGAGUUGAAAAGUGAAAGAAAAACAGAGUGUUUUUCAUCUUCAAAAAAUCUAAAAUCAGCUUAUGCUGAUGACAGUCACAUAACUGUAGUAGAGAAAGAAGGCACCAAGAAAUCUGUUCCCGACCCAUUUGAGGGAAAUGCUAACUUUAUUACUAAAACUAUUUUUAAUCGGUUAGAAUCUUUUGCCACAGAAAGAAUAGAUUCGUUAAUUACUUUAGCUUUCCAGCCUAAAGAAAAGUUGUUUGUUUGCCCGGAGCUGGAAAAUUGUAAACAAGAUGACAGCAUAUUUCAUGAAUCAAGUCAAAUGGCAUCAAAUGUGAAUGUCCUGAAAAUAUCAACUGAAAAUAUUCUCAGCCAAGGGCCUACACAUUACACUUUUGCCAGUUACAGAGAAAAAGUUGGAUCCACAAUUCAUCUAUCACAAACUAGUCUUAAGGGAUAUGCUGACCUCAUUGCCAUUGUUGUUUUGAAGCUUAUUAAAAAUGACUUAGACCUAGAAAUCCAAAAGGUGUAUCCAUAUCAAAACAAUAUUUCAUUCCAAGAAAACAUCAUUGUGAGUGAAGCUGUUAAUAGUAUCUUAAAGAUUUUAAAUGAUAAAAGCUCUGUAAAGGAAAUUUGUUUUCACUCAAAAGACAUUCCUAAUUCAUUUUCACAACUAACCACAUUAAAUGGAAUAUUUCCAGGGCAAACAGAGCAGGACAAAAACACCAAACUCGCUCUGUUUUCCAAGAAUCCAUUAGAACAAAACCAAACAACACUGGAAGGGGAAAUCCAGAGAAUUGUUUUGGAAGAAAUAUUUAUGAGAAAUGGAGAAUCAAAACAAAAAGAAAAAACUGCACUACUCAGUGCAGUGGAAGAAGUUUUAAAUAAAGUGUAUCAAAGAAUAAUGGAGAUCAUAGGCCAUUUGACUCCAUUUAAUGAAAUACUCUACUUUGUAUCUAAUUCUAAAAUUAAAACAUCAGACAUAACACAAAAAAACUUUUUGCAAUCACAUGUUAACACUGUAGCAAAUGACAUAGUUGAAAGUGUUUUGGGAAAAAUGUACUCUGUAGUUGUGACAUCCUUAUAUGAAAGCAAUAAAAAAGAAGAAGCACCUGACGAUAAUGAUACCUUACCCAAGAAACCAUCAUUUAGUUCAGCCAGAGAAACUAAACAAGCAGGAAAACGAAGUACAUCCACUAGAUAUGUUAUACCACAGGUUUAUCCUUAUGCAGACAAAGAAAAUGUCUCUGUAUUGGAAAACAAUGUUCUGCAAUAUUCACCACUGCAAGUGGCAAAUGACUUAGUCCAAAUGGUUCUCAAUAAGAUCACAGAUUUUGCCUCAUUUCACCUAGAAGAGAUCCCUUUUAAAUACAGCCUUAAGGGCAGCUCUCAGUCAGGCUUUAAAACAAGUUUAAAAGGAAGAUCAAAAGUUACACCUUUGCCUAAAUUUAGAACAAAACCACACCUAGUACCUCAUGGUGCAAAGGCCAAAAGCAAGAACAAAUUAAAUCUUGGAGAGAGGACUCCAAAAGACAGCCGGUCCAAAGCUGUCAUAGAGCUGCCACACAUCCUGUCAACAGGAGAUGCAAACAGCUUACUGGAAACAAAAUUGCCCACUUCUGAAUUAAAAAUGUACACCAAGGAUAUAAUAAGCAGUAUCCUGGAAACAAUUGUGGAGGAAUUUGAAAAGAUGAAGCAGACUAGAGCAAUGGUAAACGCGAAAGCUUUACCAUCUGAUCAAAUCAUGGCAGCAAAUAAAAUAGUUACUACAGUUUUGCAAGGAUUAUAUGCUACAAAUAAUCACAGUUUGGCUUAUCCGAUCAAAUUCUCACAUCUGGAUGAUCACAAACUGUCACAGGGGAAUAUAGGUACGGGUUCUUUGGCCAAAACACAAGCAUGUUUUUACUUGGAAAAUGUUUCUUCACAGCUAGAACAGAUUUUUCCUAAAGAUGGUAUAUUUAAAAAAAUAUUUGACAAAUGGCAAACAGAAACAAAUGACAUGGAAAGUGGAAAAUGUGAGCUCUUGAUGAUAGCCAAAACUGUUUUGACUAAAAUUUCAAGAAAAGCAAAAGAAUUAGAAUAUUCUCUUUCGUUUUUAAAUUUGCCACAUCUUGAGGACAGUGAAAACAGGUUCCAACAUCGUUUUACAGGAACUUCUACUAGACCUGAAGAUACCAAAGCACAAAUUAAUAUGUUCAGUAGGGAAAUUAUUGAAAUGCUAUUUGAAAAAUUACAACUGUGCUUUUUGUCCCAGAUGCCUACCCCAGAUAGUAAAGCAACUCUAACAAAGAAGAAACAGCACAUUACUACUAAAAGUAAACGGGGCUUUCCAACCAAGGAUAGCCUCAACAGUGACAAAAGUGAGACAAAAGACCAUUCUUCUUUGGGCUCUAGCAAGCAGAUUGUUCGAGAAAUUGUAGAAAGAAUUUUAAACACGUUAGAGUCAUUUGUAGACUUGCAGUUUCAAUGUAUCUCUAAAUAUGAGUUUUCUGAGAUAGUGAAAAAGCCUAUAGAAAACUUUUUUUCUGUCCAACAGAGACUCUCAAGCAAAAAGAUGUUGCCAACAUUACAACCACUGAAAUUGUUUUCUGAUGAAUCCAAGUCAAGGACUGUUAUUUCUAAGGAAAAUGCUCAGAAUGCUCUUCUACAGGUUCAUUCAUUUCACUCAGAAUUACUUACAUAUGCUGUUGAUAUCGUCAGUGACAUGCUUGGUAUAAUUAAGAACAAGGUAGACAAAGAAAUCAGCCAAGCAGAGCCAUCUUCAAUUAGCAUAUUGAAUGAGAACAUUGUAGCAAGUGAGAUCCUUGGCACACUAAUAGACCAGUGUACUUAUUUCAAUGAGUCUCUGAUCAAAAACCUUCCAACGGACAGUUCAUUCCAAGGAGUGGAAAACAUCCACAUUGUUAAUCAGGUUGAAUUAGCAAGUAAUAUGAAAAUGCCAAUGUCAAAGUUAAAGGAACUUAAUUUUGGGAAUAAUACUCCACAAAUUAGUAUGCCUGGUGUGGGGUUUUAUUCCAAAGAAGAUGUGAAAAAAAGUAUGUAUAGGGCUUCAUCAAAUUUAUCCUCAUAUGCCAGAGCCUCUGUAGAAGACACAAUUAAAAGCACAGAGCCAAUGGAAAGGCCUGAUUCAGAAAAUACACCAUCAUGCUCUGGAAACAAAGUACAAAACUGCAGCCCAAGGGAAUCUAACUUCGGCCAUUUGGAUCAAGCCACAAAAGGAAAUAGCUCCCUUCCUGAAGGGAGUGUCUUACAAAAACUGUUUAAGAAAAUAAAUGAAUCCACAGAAGAAGCAUUAAAGCAAGUUUUGUCAUUCAUGGAAAUGGGAAAAGAUGAAAAUCCAAGUGUGUUUCAUUAUGAGACCCUAAAACCAGUUGUUGAGCCAGACCUAACUCAGACAACUGUUUCUCCACUCAAAGUAUGUUUAGCUGCAGAAAAUAUUGUCAAUACUGUGUUGUCAAGCUAUGGUUUUCCAAGUCAACCACACAUAAAUGAAGGCACGGAAACAAUGAAACCAUUUUUCAUAUCAAAGCAAAACCCUGCAGGACAAGAGAAUGAGAAGGAAAGUUUGCUGGGAAUGUGCGAUAAAAGAACCAGCUGUAUACCUAAAGAAGAAAAACCUGAAGCCAGCGGGGGAGAUUUUUCUUUAUUGCAAAAAUGGGGAAAUAAGGGGUCCCCAACGACAAAGACUCUGAAGGAGCUUGAAGUCAUUGCUUUUGCUGAUCGUGAAUUGGGUCCAAAUGAAAUUAACUUGGUAGCAAGACAUGUAACCACAUGUGUGAUCACACAUUUCAAGAGUUUCCAAACUAGAGUUCCCAGUGAGGAGAAGGUGUCUAUUGUUUCUACAGUGUCAAAGAAAAAAUACAAAUCAAAACAGCCUCUAAGAAGCAUAUACAACAAUUCUUCGCUUUAUCAAUUUUGUGACCAUCUCACUGAGUCGGUCAUUUGCCAUUUAAUUUCAAGCAUUUCUGAUAGCACCAAAGAUGGCAGAAGAAAGGAUAAAGCAAGUGAAAGCCAAAAUGCAGCAUUUAACGAGAUUAUUUCAAUUGAUUCUCAAGUACGUGAGAACAAGUCAAUUGCUAUUGGAGAACUUGCUUUCAGUAUUUCUGAAAUCAUUACUGAGAUCCUUUUAAAUGAUAACAUUAUAGAACCUGAUAUUACACAACAAAUGUUGUCUUUAAAAACAAAAUACAUUUACUGCCCAGGAGUAGAUGCUGCUGACUUUGAUAAUCUCUUUCAGGAUCUCUUAAUAGGAGUGAUCCAUGUACUGUCACAAGAAAUAGGAAUAACUCAUCACCUUGAAAGCAAUACGAAAAAUAAACCAUUUUUCAUACUGAGAAGCAAUAAUGUGCCCAUUUGCAACAAAACAAAUGCUAUGGAAAGACAGAUAGACUGCAGAGAUUUGGAAUCAUCUACUCACCAAAUUGAUCAUCUCAUUCAAAAAAAUAAAUUACAUUUUCUGGCAUAUAAGUUAGACAGUCUGGUUGGUAGCCUAAAAAGUUGUGAGUCCAAAGAAGUAGUCAAUAAAGUUUUCAAUAUUGUUUUAGAUUUAUUUUUACCAGAUGAACACCCAGGUGAGGCUAUGGAUUCUGAUAAAAAAGCAAGAACAUUUUUCUCAUUUUCAAAUGAUCAGCAAAAUAAUAGCGUACACUUAGGGCUCACCCCCAAAUCAGUUUUCCUGCUCAAUAUCGUGUGUGAGAAACUUAUUAGAAUACUUUUGGAAAAAUUCACAAACACUGUCUUUCUUGAUAACGGCCCUCUUUCUGAUGAAAUAUCAGCAGAAGAAUAUCGUCUUUUAAAAAUGCUUCAAAGUUCAAAAGAUGAAGAAUUUAAUUAUUGUAAGGGAGCAAUGGACUGUGAGCAAUUUCAAAGAGAUUGUAUGUCAGACCUUGUGGAAAAUCUGGCAGAAAUGGAUCAAGAUUUAUUGUCAUCAGACUAUAUGCUUACUUUCAUUUCCCAUAGCUUAGUUAAAUCACUGAUGGACAAACUAUGUCAUGGUAUGCAACUCCCCCAAAGCCCACCUUUUGCAAACAAGCAGUUCAAGUAUAGGACAAGAGAAAUGCAGUCCAGUUUCAUAAAAUCAGAAAGGCCAGAAUUAGCAGAAUUAGGACAAGGUAAAGGUUCUUUAGGAUACAUGAAUUAUGAUGGUAAUAACUUGGCAGGGUCCCUGAAUAAUCCCAAUGUGUUUAGCUCCAAAAUACAAGCACCAUUUGGCAAGAAGUGUUCAGUAAAUUGCUCUUCUGCGUCAUCUCUUAAAAGGCAGAAGACAAAGGAUAUGGAUGUAAUAGCCAUCCGUAAGCUAUAUAUGGGUGAUGUGAAUGUAGGUGUUUAUUCGGCCACAUUUUUGGAGGCAAUCAUUUCAGAGCUGUUUUUUAAUCUCUCUACUUCACUGUGGGGUAAACAUGAACACAUUACUGAAGCCCAGCUUAAUGAGAUGAAUACACUAUUUGUCAACAAUGUAGUGAAUGAGUUUAAUAACGCAAGAGUCACCGUUCUACGGAAUGCUGAAGAAAGGCUGUGUUUUCCACCAGUCCAUAAAGAAACUGUUAGUAGGAUUGUUGACUCAGUUUACUAUGAUGUUUUUCAGACAUAUAAAUUAAAAGUGACCUGUGGUGGUAAUCUGGCACUUGACAAUACGUCAAUAGCACAACGAAUAACUAAUGGCAUAUUGUUAGAGAUUUUAGACUACCAACUUCCAUCUUCCUUCAGGAAAAAGCUCAUGCCUAAUUCAUAUUACUCUCUUGAAGCUGAAAUUAUACUGCAGAAACUUCAAAAUAACCUGAGAGAAUUCACCUCCAAACCCAGGUCUUCAACAGGCUAUAGCACCAUGUUAUCACACUCAUUUUUAGAAGAUAUUAUCAGAAGACUUUUAUCUCAAUUCAUUUCUCCACCCAGUAAGGCUUGCUUUUUGGGAAAAAAGUAUUUUAUGAGCUCAGAUUUUAGUGAAAUGUCUACCUGUAUAGUAAAUAAGGUUAUAUCUGCCAUUUCAAAACAUAAAAUUUGUUUCACUAUAUAUGAUAAUCAACAUCUAUGUACAGAAAAAAACCUCCAGAAGAUGGUGGAUUCUGUUUAUAGUAAUAUUGUGCAAACAUCUGACUCUCCUAUAUCAAUGCAGAAAAGUAUAGUCAGCCGAAACCCAAUUAUGGUUGACCGAAUAGCCAGUUUUAUUAUCCAAGAGAUUAUUGAAAAUCACCUUCAACCAUUUUUGUGUGAAGAAGGUUUGCCUCGGCCAAAUACUCCAUUGGAUGCAAUAUCAAACAUGGUUCACCAGGUUCUCAGUGAAGUCAUAGAGGCACACAGACUCCAGACACCAUUACCCUUAGGUAUUUACCCUCAUACAUUUGUAGGGGAAAUUGUUGCCAGACUUUUAUCAAAGAUUUUCAAUUCAAAGCAUAACACUGAAAUUGAGCUGGAAAACAUGACACAAAAAAUAGUAAACUCAAUAAAUAACUACUUUAACAAAGCUAAAAUUCACAUUCCAUGGGAUGACAAAGAGCAGUCAUACCCCUCUGUAGAUGCAGACAUUGUGGACGAACUUGUCACCUCAGUUUAUACAAAUGUUUUAAAACAGCAUGGGCUGGACCCUGAGCUUGAUAAAGAGUCUGAAGACAAUGAAAUUUUUGUAGAAAAUAUUACCAAUUUAAUUGUAGCAGCUAUUUCAGAUUACCUUCUUCAUCCACUGUUUUCUGGGGAUUUGUCUUCAUCUUCCUAUUCUAUUUCUACAGCUGAGAAUAUUGUUCAGGACAUUAUUAAUAACAUCAGUAAAUCUACCAAGCCAAGUCAGAGUUUAUCUCCUUAUAACACCUUGAUGCCAUACACAUUUUUAGAAGACAUGAUCAGAGUACUAUUAUCUAGAAUCUUUCCUUCUACAUCUACCUUUUUUUCAAACAGAGAAACUCCAAAAGAUACAGCAAGAGUGAAUUUCAAUGAAAUUGCUUCAGAUAUAAUCACUGAUAUCAGGAUGAAAAUUUCUCAACAUGAAAUUCUAUUUUCAAAAGAUGAAGAAGAAACCAAAUUUGUUUAUUCGGAGGAUGAUGUUCAGCAUCUUGUUGACUCAGUAUUCAAAAAUAUUUUACAAAACUCUGAAUCUCAAGAAUCAGUUGAGCAAAAUAUCACAAGUAACAAUGAUGUUCUUAUUGAUAGAAUAGCAGGUUUUAUCAUUAAACAUAUCUGUCAACAACAUCUUCAGCCAUUUGUGGAUGGAAAGUCAUUGCCUUCUUCUUCAUACACAUAUCUUGACAAUGAGAGAAGUCAGUGGUUUUAUGCCAGUGUUUAUUCUUCAACUUUUUUGGAAGAUGUGGUCUCUGGGGUAUUAAGUAAAGUAUUCCACAGGGUGUUGGGCAUUGUACAAACAAAAUCAUUAAGAGAUUCAGAAGAUGAACUGUUCGAUAAAGCUGAAAAACUCAUACAUUUGAUAGCAGAGGAAUUCUCAAAAGCCCAAGUUACCAUUCUAGACAACGCUGAGGAACAAUUGUGUUUGCCUCCAGUGGAGAGAGAUAUAAUGAAAAACAUUAUUGACAUGGUGUAUGGAAACUUUUUGCAAGAAUAUGAAAUGGAAAUAAUGCCCAAUAAUGAUUUUCUAAAUGAUUUAAAGACAUUGGCUGCAAGGAUAACUAAAAUCAUCUUGGCUGAAACUUUUGAUUUCCAAAUUCAUCCAAAUCUCAUAGGAAAGCUUCCUUUUAAGUCACACUCCAAACUAAAUACUAAUGUUUUGACAAAGAGAGUUCAAUGUAACAUUACUAAAUCAAGAUUCCAAAGACAGGUAUCAACAAUGUACACUACUAAGUUAUCACAUGCUCAUCUGGAAAAAAUCAUCACUCAGCUUAUACCUCAGAUGGGUCCACUGGCCUCCAGUGCAGAAUGCCCAGACACUUCUCAAUCAGACUUAAGCAAUACAAUCAUAAAACUGAUAAAUGAAAUAAUGUCAAUAAUUUCAAAACACGCAAUAUGUAUUGUUAAACAUGGCAAUGAAAAACAAAGUAUGAUUUCAGAAAAAGAUAUCCAGUCUAUGGUUGAUUCCAUUUAUGCUGAUCUUUCAUAUUCAAAUCUAUACCAGUCUCUUACAAAAGAUAAAAAAGGUAUAAGUAACAUACCUGUUCCAAAAAUAGCAAGUUUUAUAAUAAAAGAAAUAUUUAACCAUCAUCUUCAGUCAUUUUUAUCAGGAGAUAAAACUUCCCUUUCAGCUGCAGUUGAUCAAAAUUAUAAACAGAAAGCAAAAGAUCCUAAACAAAGAGAGUUGUCUUUUAUUGUAAACUCGGCAGUCUUUUUGGAGGAAGUAAUUUCUGAGCUUUUAUGUAAACUCCUUUAUGCAUUCUCACAUAAUGUCUUAGCUGCUGAAAACUCAGAUACAGUAAAAGCCAAAAUUACUGGCAUUGUUACAGCAUUAGUAAAAUCAAUUGUUCUGGAGUUCACCACAUCAGAGAUAUUAGUUGCAGAUUACAUUGAUUAUGAUGUGUGUGUUUCAGAAGAGUAUAAAGAAAUGGUUCAAAAAAUGGUCAACCUAAUUUAUGAAAAAAUAUUAGAUGAACAUAAAUCUCUGGUUCAAGUGUAUAGGGCUAUACAAAGUGACACAGUUUGUUUUGGAAGGAGAAUAUAUCAUUUGCUAUUAGAAGAAAUAUAUGACUAUCAGGUACAAUUGUUAGUUUUAGGAGAAUUAGUGCCUUCUUCCUAUUCAUUCCCUCAAGCUGAUAAGAUCAUCAGAAAUGUGCUCAAUGUCCUCAUGAAAGAUAGUCACACCUUGCCAUCAUGUAUUACUGUGCUGCCUCGCUCACUUUUAGAAGAUAUGAUUUACAAGCUUCUAGUGCAUAUCUUCCCUUCAACUGACACCGAAAGUGAACUUAAAGAGGAAGAGGCUUUACCAGAGUAUGAGUUUAUGGAUGCAGUUUCAAAACUAACUGAUGAAAUUAUUAAAGAAAUUUAUGAACAUGAAAUCCGCCUUGCCACGGCAGAGGAGAAUGCAGAAAGUAUGCAAUUAGAAGUGACUGAAAAAUUGGUUGACUCUAUAUGUAAUAAUAUUUCGAAAAAACCUGAAUUUCAAGCUGAAGUGCAAAAGGAUGCAGACAGAAAAGGAGGCUCAUUCCUCAGUAAAAUAGCUGGUUUCAUCAUGAAGGAAGUCAUGGAUUAUCAUCUGCAGCCAUUUUUACAUGGUGAAGAAUCAUCUUCCAAGGAUUAUGACCAUGUGUCUAUACCUACUAAAUCUGGUAAAGAAAAGACACAGGCUUCUCUAUAUUCAGCUACAUUUUUGGAAGAUGUAAUCAUUGACCUUGUUCACAAAUUUUCUUCUUUUCCAAAUAUUACUGAAGAUUCUAAGAAAAAAGAAAUGCCAGAGACAGAUGUUGUGGACUUGGCUAUAAAAUUCGCAAACUCUCUGAUAAGAGAAUUUAAGAAAAAUGAAAUUAAAGUUCUACCAAAUGCUGAAGGAAUGUUUUCUUUUCCAGCAGUUGAUAAAGAGACAGUUGAUAAGAUAUCCAAUUUUGUGUACGAUCAGUUCAUAGCGAAGUACAAGUCUAAUGAAAUUCAGAAGGAUGAAAAAAGUAAUAUUGUAAUAGAAAUGAUUGCUGCUUUAGCCCAGAAGGCAAUGUCUGCUUUCAAGAUUCAACCACUUUUUUCAGGAGACUGGUCUUCCACAAUCUUUUCAUUUCUAAAUCCAGAUAACAUCACCCAAAGGGUUCAACACCUACCACAGAAAACCUCUACAGGGAUAAACAGAUGCUUAAAAGGAAACCAACUUACUUUACCAGAACAAUCAUAUAAACACACUUCUCUAACCUUAGACCAGAAAAAUUUGUUGGGCACUUUGGAAAUAGAUAGAAGUAAAAUCAACAGAAAGAAAAGUUUCCAAACUGAGGAGACAUCAAUUAAAAAGGGUGAAGUCCAAGAUCUGGAAGUUACUUCUAUGACUGGAAUUAUGAGAUACGACACAGUUAACCUGUUACCAGGGUCAGCUGCAGGUAUGGCAAAUAAAAAGAAAGAGAAUGAAAAUAAAAUGGGAAAUACAAUUCAAACCUAUAAUGACAAUGUAUCAAAAGUUACUUCUCCAACUUCUAGUGUGAAAAGUAAAAAUACUCAGAAGCCAGGUUUGAGGGUAACACUUAAAAAUAAUGAAAUUGAGAAGAAAAGCAAAUCAGCUUCAAAAGAAGAAGCGAGGCAAGGUAAUGAGAUACACACACAAAUUCCAGUAGCUACUGAUGAUGCAGAAUAUGAAGAAGAAGUACCUGGACCACAUUUUGAAGUAAACAAUGAGAAGAUUGACAAAACAAGAAAAGUUGCAUUUAAAAUAGAAGACAAUCUCAUUCAAAUAUCUCCUUUGACAUCCAAAGUGAGAAAUACAGGGACCACAACAGAGAAAACUGAGAAAAGAGUAACCCAAAAGCCAAACACUAAGGAGAGAGAAGAUGUUCUGCCUCUAAUAGAUAUAAAUAAACAAUACUCAGAUUAUGAAGAUGUUCAAAAUGUCACUGAAAAUAUUUAUGACAAUAUCUUAGAAGUAGGUUAUUCUCCAGAAUCAGCAGAUUAUUCAGAUCUCCCAAGUCCCCCAAGUGAUACUGCAUUUCAUGUAAUUCAAGAAGUUGGCAAGGAUUUUGCAAAGUCUGUUUCAAAACAGUAUCCAUCCCUCUCAAUUAACAAAAAUCUCCCUGCCAAAGAGAAAAAAGAAGAAAAAGAGACAGAGAAAGAAAGAGAGAGGGAGAGAGAGAAUAAGAGGAAGCAACAGAGAGGAAGAGAGGAAAAACAGGCAGAGAAAGUGAAAGUUAAGGGGAUUAAAAAUGAACCUACUAAGUCAGAUGAUCCUCAGUACCCACGAAAAAGUGAACCUGGAAUUUUUCCUGCUCAAUUUUUAGAAGAUGUUGUCACUGAAAUGGUUAACAAGUUAAUUUUUUCUACCUCACCAGAAACACAAACAUGUGAUAGAUACAGAAAUGUAAGUGAUGGGGAAAAUCAAGCUGAACUCUAUGACACAGCUAUGAAGCUUAUUGAUUCACUGUUAAAGGAGUUUUCGAAGGCUCAAAUUAAGGUAUUUAGGCCAGAUAAGGAAAAUCAUUUUUUUCCACCUGUAGAUAAAGUGUCAUCAGCUCCUGAAGUACCUCCCAGGCAUAAAGAAUCAACUACAGAUGAAGCAUCAUCUAGCAUUAAGAAAAUAACUGUGGAUAAAAUGCCACAUAUGCAUAAAGUAACUAAAAAACCCUCUCUAAAUAAGAUGCCUUUCUUUGAUAAAAUACCAGCAAUCGAUAAAACAUUGGUUAACAAAGUUGUUCACUCUUCUGUAUGCAACAUUUUGAAGGAAUAUAGAUCUCAAGACUCCAUUUGUAAGAACAUAAAGAGUAAUGGGGAAAAUUUAGCAAAAAGACUAACUACUGCAGUGAUAAAUGAAAUUUUUCAACAUCAGCUUAAUUUGAUAUUUUGUGAUGAGGUUCCAGCUUCAGCAUGUUUGCCUCUGGAAACUAAGGAUGUUGUUAUAAAGGUCCAAAAUGUGGCUCAAAUAGCCAACAAAGAAUGUCAGACAUCAUCACCAUAUACUAUUAUGCUGCCUCAUGAGUUUUUAGAGAAUGUGAUUUCUGCUCUUUUAUCCAAAAUUUUCUCAACAGGAUCCAAAACCAAAGCAGAAACAGCAGAAGGUGAUUGGCUCACAGAACUGGAUUUCCUUCAAAUGAAGUUAUUAAGUACAGUCACAACAGAGAUCUCCAAAGAUAAAGAUUUGCUUAUUCAGUAUGUGGAAUCCUUACAUCCCAAUGAUGAUGAAAUUAUUCAAUUAGUGGCUCAUUCUAUUUACAUUAGUCUCUUUUCACAGUUUGGAUCACAAGAGGUUAUACAAAAUUGUGUAGCCAGUGGAUGUGUAAUUCUUUCAGAAACCAUAGCAGAUUUAGUUCUACGAGAGGUGACUGGCAAUCAGCUGCAGAACUAUUUUUCUGGAGAGCUAACUCCACGUCAGUGUGCAGAAGUUGACAGUGCUGUUGAAAAUAUUCUUAAAGAUGUUAUCCAAACUACCGAUGCUCCCCAGCCACAACCAUCACAUGCUCAUUUACUGCCUUAUAACAUAAUAGAAGAAAUUGCCAUAAAAUUUUUAUCAAAGCUUUUAUCUGUGUUUCCAAAAGUGGGUAAAGAAAGAGCCAAGUAUCUAGAAACUGAAAUGCAAAACAUUACCUCAAAAAUAUUAAACUCAAUACAAGAAUUUAUCUCCAAAAAUGAAAUUAAACUGAUACCGCCAGCCAAAAAAUUGCCUGCUGUAUCUUUAGCUGAUAGGGAAAGCAUUGAAAACGUAGUUAAUUCUGUUUACACCAGUGUUUUAAAGCACUCUGGCUCUCAUACUUCUAUAUUCAAAGAUUUAAUGGGUAAGAGUAAUGUCCUCUCUGAUAUAAUAGGUUUUUUAAUGGUGAAGGAAAUUUCCAAUUCUGAAUUUCAACCUCAAGUAGAGGAAGAAGUAUCAAGUUCAGAAUUAUCUCUGGAAGCUGUCCAAAUUAUGGAAAAAGUGAUCAAAAUUGUUAAUGAAUUUAAGUCCCAGGAAAAGUCUUCAUCCAAAAAAGGUUCUAUGUUAGAUGCCACGUUUUUGGAGGAAGCAUUGGCCUUGUUCUUGGCUAAACUAAUACAGUUGCCAAGUGCCUCAAGCAAAGAUGCAAAAAACUUAUCAAAACCUGAGUUAAAUAAAAUCGCAUCUCAACUGACAAAAUCUGUGACAGCUGAAAUUUCCAAAAGUAAUAUUAGUCUUGUUACGACUGAUUCUGAAGAGCAGCUUUUAAAUUCAGAAAGUAUAGAGAUGAUUUCUCAGAUUAUUGACUCUGUUUAUAGUAAUGUUCUGCAACAAUCAGGAACCCAUGAAGACCUUUACUAUGAUAUAAAAGGUACAAACAGAGUCUUCCCUAAAAAAGUGGCUAGUUUAAUUAUUAAUGGAGUUUCAGAUGUUUCAUUAGACACAGGUGGCUCAAAGAAUUCAAAUGCCAAUCUCUUUGGAGAUCUAGAUAUUGAUAGAAUUGUUCAAAAGGCACAAGAGCAUGCUGUUGAAAUGAUCCCUGAUACAGAGAAAGAAGAAUUAGAUCAAGAUUCAAUUGGAGAAAUGCCAAUUAAAAUAGUUCCACAUGUUGGGAAUAAACCAAUCAAAGUGGACCCAGACAUUAUUUCCGAACAUUUAGCAGUGAUUUCUAUAAAAACUCAAACACUUGAGGAACUUAAGAUGGAGUGUUUAAGAAAAACUGGACACAGCAUUGCAGAAGUGAGAAGAGCAUCAAUAAAUGGGGAAAGUUACCCCUCAUUAGACAUAUCUAAUGCAGGAAAGGUGAACAAAGAAAGACGUACUUCAUUGAAUACAAUGGGACGACUGGACGUAAAACCCUUAGAGGUGGUUUGCAGAAAUUCAUUUCAGAAUGUAAGAAAGCCUGAUAUCAUGAAGGUGGAGCUUUUAAAAGAUGUUCAGAGCAAAAAAGACCUCAUCAUCCGAUUAGUGGCUCAUGAUAUUGAAGAAGAUGCAGAAAGUAACAUAAAUGAGGGACUAAUGUUUGAGGAAGGUGAAGUUGUUCUAGGAGAGAUUGUACCAGACAGCUUAGGAGAACAACUUGAAGAUCAAGUGAAAGUAACCACAAAGCUAAUAGAAAGCAAAGUUGUUUCUCCCAAGACAACAUGCACCAAGAGCCUGAAAAAGGUUUUGUCAAUAAGUAAAUGUUGUCAGACCACAUCCAGUGUAAAGAUUGACAGCACAGAAGCAACUUCAAAUCAUAUAAAAGAACCUAAGGAGAGACAAGUUAAAAGAGCUGUUGCUGAGCUUGACAUGGCCACCUGCUCAACAACCACGCCUGUAACAGACUCUUCUUGGGGGAAAAAGCAACCACAUAAGAAAGAAGAAAUAAAUCCUAUUACUGAACCAACACAUUACUUCAUACACAGAAUUAUGAGUUCAUCUUCAUACAACCAAGAAGAUCUGAUUUCAUCUGCCAGAUCAGAAAGUUCUCAGGAACAAAAGCUAGGGUAUUCAAACAGUGUUAAGUGUACCACCAUCUUUGAAGGACACAAGAAUAUUCAUGGCAGUGUGAAUACCUCAACAGAAGUAACUUCAGAAACUUCCAAACCCAGUAUUUCCCAACAAGGAUCUAAGAUGCUGUCAAAGGUAUCUUCAGCUCUGUCAAAGGUGUUUUCUCGAAAUAACUCCAGUACUUCCAAAUCUUCAUCACCACCUCACCAGGACGAGCACUGA